UAGUACUAUAGAAUACAUUCUAUUCCAUGUCCAAGCAAACCCUUGAACAAUAGAGGUGCAAAGGCGUUUCUUCUGUGUCUCAAAUCUCAUCAGCUGGGAUUCUCUAGUAAUAUUCCCUAGCUCCUCCCGAUCCAUCGGAGCCAAUACGCUCAGUGCCGGAUCCCUAUUUUACACCAAUUCGCCGGAGCAGAUAGCAGCUGUACAAGUGUGACUUAGAGGAGGUUGCAGACAUAAAAAUCUAGUGCUAAAUUAAUCAAGAGGUAAUAACAUAAUGCCGGCACAGAAGAUUGAAACGGGUCAUAAUGACACGGUUCAUGAUGUUUCUAUGGACUACUAUGGAAAACGAGUUGCAACAGCUUCAUCUGACUCCACCAUAAAGGUUAUUGGUGUGAGUAACAAUAAUACUUCCCAGCACCUUGCCACUUUGAGUGGUCAUCAAGGUCCUGUUUGGCAGGUUGCUUGGGCACACCCUAAAUUUGGCUCACUUCUUGCAUCUUGUUCCUAUGACGGUAAGGUUAUCAUCUGGAAGGAAGGUAAUCAAAAUGAGUGGUCACAGGCUCACGUGUUCAGUGACCAUAAGUCAUCAGUCAAUUCUAUUGCAUGGGCGCCACAUGAACUUGGGCUCUGCUUGGCUUGCGGAUCCUCUGAUGGAAAUAUUUCAGUGUACACAGCUAGGUCGGAUGGUACCUGGGACACCACAAGAAUAGAUCAAGCUCAUCCCGUUGGAGUGACCUCGGUUUCAUGGGCUCCUUCAACAGCUCCUGGUGCUUUAGUUGGAACAAGUAUCCUUGACCCUGUUCAGAAGCUAGCAUCUGGUGGUUGUGACAAUACUGUAAAGGUCUGGAAACUGUAUAAUGGCAUUUGGAAGAUGGAUUGCUUCCCCGCUCUUCAGAUGCAUGCUGAUUGGGUGAGAGAUGUUGCUUGGGCGCCCAAUUUGGGGCUUCCAAAGUCCACCAUCGCCAGUGCUUCACAAGAUGGUACUGUUGUCAUAUGGACCGUAGCUAAAGAAGGUGAUCAAUGGGAAGGUAAGGUUUUGAGGGACUUUAAGACCCCAGUCUGGAGGGUCUCAUGGUCUCUUACUGGAAAUUUGCUGGCUGUGGCUGCUGGAGACAACAAUGUCUCCAUGUGGAAGGAAGCUGUUGAUGGGGAGUGGCAGCAAGUCACCACUGCUGACCAAUAGAUUUCAGAUUACUCUGUUUUGGUACUUUUGUUGGACGACCAGUUCCAUAGUUUUUAUUUCUUUCUGAUUUUGUUUGAGUGGGUGUCAUGUGAUUACUAGCAGCAUUGAGUUAGAUUAUAUGAAAGGAAUUGAAAGUUUGAACCAUUUCUCAUGCGCAAUUCAUUUGUUUAAUGAUCUGAUUGAUAUUCUCGCGAUCAAA